GAAGGUUCAAGCUCGAGCCGAGCCGAGCCCCACAUCAGGUAGCGUUUGCUAGAAACUUGUGGCUAGCCAGAAGCCAAAUGCUUCCAAUUGUGAAUUUCAUUAGCUAGCUAGCGAAUAUAUAAUUCCUAUUUGUCCACAAAGACGGUUAGCGUUCAAGUUAACCCUAAUUUCAAGGUAAGUUCUGUAUUUUGACGCUUAACUAUCCACUUUUGCUAACUGGUUUAGAUGGUCUAUGUAGUUAAAAAGCUGGCCAGCCAGGUAAAAACAUACCCUAUACUGGCAAGCUAGCUGGUUACCCAUUUCAUCAGCAUGUUUUAUUUAAAUUUGAUAAUACUUGACCAUGCCGGGCAUAAAUCUUACAGUAUUAACUUUCUUUAUUCGAUUAAAUGUCAUAUUUUGGGUUAAUUAUUUUCAUAUAUCUGAAAUACAGAAUAGAAAAUAUUCAUGUUUUAUAUUGUUUUAAUAAACAAGUUUUCACCCCUAUUAAUUGCAAAUGUUUUGGGACGCAGGCUUUUAUUUCAAAGAAGGACACAAGGAGCCUGAGGCAGGAAAGCAACAAUGUGAAGUUUAGUAAUUUAGCAUUCCAUUUUAUUGGUAGAAAAUGCUAACAGCUAAUGACAACACAGCUAAAAACUAUUACUGGCAGUACUAGGACAGGUAUACAAAGACCUUCAAAACUACACUGCCAUCUAUGUGAGACAGUGUAGACAACAGCAUAUCAAGUCAGCAUUUCUUGCUGACUUCUAACCAGCUUUUUUUCUUUUUUUACCAACGUUUUUCUUCCAGAUAUUCACAAACAUAUAAAACUGCACUUCUCUUAAAUUAUUUGUAAAAUACUGUUUGUUGAACAAUCUGUUUUUUGCUGACACCUAAAAAAAAGUAUGGCAAUACCAGCUUUCUUUAAAAAAAUUACAAAAUGUGCAGAAAAGUGUGCUUCCUGUAAUCUUUCAAUGAAUGUUGUGUGCAAACAGUUACUGAAACCAUAUCAGUAUCAGUAAACAAUGGUAAUGUAUUGGAUAUUUUAUUUUGGCAGUAACAGUCUACUUGUGUUUAUAGAAUGGAUGAAGAACUGAAGAGCUUCUUAAGAAAAAGAAACAUUGAAGAGGAAUGCAUACAACAACUUGAGAAAGAAAAGAUCGAUACGUCUGUAAUCCCUUUGAUGGCUGACAAAGACCUUGCAAAAUACUUUCCAAAAGCUGGAGACAGAGUGUCUGUUGUUGCAUUCUGUCGACAAACAGACACGUCAGUUGACCCCAAACUCAGAAAGGAGUCUAUUUUAGCACGGUUGCGACGUAGACUGUCCCCAAGAGAUGAAGACACUGGCACUCCAUCCAGCAAAAAAAGAAAUCUCUGGACGGGUAAUAAAAGUGCACAAAAGCAGCAAAGACGAAUAGAAGUUGGAUGGAUGGAUUUUGAUGCAAAAGAUCAAAGAUACAAGCAAGUAAAAUCAAUAAAUGGUGGUGGGACAAGACAGCUCACAGUAGACAAAGGGACAACUGUGGAAGAAAUUAGAGAACGUGCUGAGAGUUUGUUUUUCCCGAAUGGGGUGUCCAAGAAGAAAAAGCUGGCUUCCUUCAUCACAGAAAUACAAUCAUCUCAAAUUGAGGUCAACAGCUCAGAUACUGUCAUUCAGUUAUAUGAGAAAAGUGGAGUAAGGCUGCUGAGACUGUAUCUCUGUACAAAAGUAAGGAGAGAUACACCCACUGAAGACCCAGAAGACCAACAUUCCCAGCCAACCGUUGACCUUACAGGCAGUGAAGAUGAACAACAAAUUGGUGAUGGAUGUGAGGAAGAUCUUGAUCUGGAAGUAAUUUUUGGAGCAGGCGAGAAUGAUGGUGUAUCAUUAGAUGACACCAUACCAUGUGAAACUCCAGUUGAGCCUCCUACAGUCCCAGAACUCCAGAUAAUCCUGUCACAGACGUCAGAGGGUCCUGUUCCUGUAAUACAAGGCCAUGAAAUAAACCAACCACAGAUGCCAAUGGCCACUGUUCCUGUUAUACUAGAACUUGAAGUCUUCCAGUCACAGAUGCCAGUGGACCCUGUUCCUAUAAUGCCAGAACUUGAAGUGAACCAGCCAGGUGACCAUGUUCCUGCAAUGUCAGAAGUCACAAUGAUUCAGGAGCCACAACUGCAAGCUGCUUUGGACACUACAGUGCUGCAUCCUGUUCAUGUUCUUGGAACUCCAGAACUUACAAUGACUGAGCUGCUACAUACGCCAGAACAACUGGUACCUGAUUAUCCUGAACCUGCAGCUGAAACCCUAAUCAUUCGUCGAGGACAUUGUCUCCUUGACCUGAUUAAUGCUUUCAAAAAUCCAGCCAUUCUACACUCCAAGGUCUCCAUUAAGAUGCGUCUUCCAAAUGGAAAACUUGAAGAAGGGGAAGGAAGUGGUGUUUUAAGGGAUUGCUUAACAGAAUUUUGGACAGAAUUUUAUGAGAGAUGCACUUUGGGCAUGGAUGUGAAAGUUCCCCUUAUUAGGCAUGACUAUCAGUGUGACGAGUGGCAGGCAAUUGGCAGAAUUUUUGUAGUAGGAUGGUUUCAAGCACGCUACUUCCCUGUACAACUGGCCGCUCCAUUCCUAGAAGUAGUUCUGUAUGGCACAAGUGCAAGUAGCCUAAAGGAUGCAUUUUUGCAGUAUGUCUCUGCACAAGAAAGAGAGAUCCUUCUCAAUGCUUUAAAAGACUUUGAGUCUGUCGAAAAUGAUGCUUUGUUAGAUGCCCUUGAGGCCCAUGAGUGUCACCAGGUUCCUACCAAAGAAAAUUUGGUCCCACUGCUAUCACAAAUGGGACACAAGGCCCUUAUACAGGCACCAAUGUACAUUAUUGAGUGUUGGCGUCCAAUUGUAGAAGAGCUAGCAAAUGAUGUUCCACCAGAUGCUCUGGACGGUAUCCUAAAGAAGAAAAUUCCAACAGGAAAGGCAGUGAAGGAUCUCCUUUUCUUCCCAGAAGAAAUGAAUGCAUCCCAAUCAUUAGUAGCCCGAUAUCUAAAGAGAUACAUAAGUGAACUUGAUUUGCAUACACUUCAACUAUUCCUCCGUUUUUGUACUGGUUCCAAUUUGAUUGAUGGGCCGAUUACUGUGGAGUUUAUUGAGACAUCCGACUUCCAAAGAAGACCACAGUCGCACACAUGUGCCAAGAUAUUAAAGUUGCCAAUAGGAUACCAAAAUUAUCCUGACCUUCGCAGUGAUUUUAAUAGCAUACUCUCAAGCUCUGUGUGGGUUAUGGACAUUGUUUAGAUCAGGUUCCAUGUAGAUACACAACACCACCAAUAAAAUGUGUAGGGCAGAGGGUUUCCCAGGACCAGGAUUAAUCACAAAGUGCCGGGUUACAGAUUCCCACAAAUGGUCCUAGAAAUUGUACCCAUAUGGUUUACCAUAUUGAAUCACUCUGUAGCCUUGCGAUUUGUAAAUAAUCCCCUCUGCCCUGCAUAUUUUAUUGGUGUCCCUACUCACUUAUUGGUUGUGUUAAUGGAAUUGGAUGCAGCUUUGGAGGAGGAGGUAAAAAAAAAUGUUUGCAGAGCAGGUGGAGUUCAUGACCACUGCUCUAGUGUACAAAUUCUCAACCCUGGUCUUGCAAGACCCUCUACCCUCCACAUUCCUCUAAUUAUUACAUGAACCAAUUGUAAAAGAUUAAAAUCCAUCUAUAAAACCUAUAAAAUGGCUGGGGACCAUAGGUACGAAGUAAGAGUUUCUAAUACACUGAUCACAGAGUAUGUAAAAUCUUUAGGAAAUUGACUGCUUUCUUAGUUCCUCACAAUGACACAAUUAAAUUAAACAGGUUUUGUACUUAAAAUGUUGUUCAAAGUAAAUGUGGUUAAAAUCUACAUUGUUGGUAUUAAGGCAUGCUUUAUCCAUGCAAAGUAUUGAUAGGUGGCAAAGCCACACCAGAAUAAUCUCAGGUUUUAUUUAUUUA